CAAGGAGACGGCCCGUGCAGAGCCAACAAUCCGAAGAAAAGACAGCUAUUUGAACUAUUCCUCGAAGAAUUUAUCCAAUAAAUCUGUUAGUUGAUAUUAUCAUCUUGUGACUCCCUGAUCAUGAUAGACACAGUGGAAGGAUCUUCCUCCCAAGCCGGCAGUGGCACACUGCAUGAUCUUUGUCAAAGUAGGGCGGUGCAUGCGGCAACAAAUGACAGUAAUUGUUUUGGUAUUUGGUCACGUCACAGUGCUUUGCGCAAGAAAGCUGCUAAAUGUCAGAGGAAGAAAGUGAGCAUGUAUAAAUUGGCUUUAGAAAAGGCUACUGUGUUGGAAGAAUUGCUUCAUGAUGUUUGUCUUGCCCUUUCGCCUCAACCAAUUGAUUAUGAUGCUCGGAGAAAUUUGAUCCAUGUUUUUAAUGAAAUUGCCCUUGAGAUUUAUGGCUGUUCUGGUGAUGUUCCUGUUGUGGUGGAGUUUGGAUCUUUCUCAAUGGAUCUGUUUCAAGAAUAAAGUGAUCUCGAUCUAUCUAUAAAUUUUAGUGAUCUUGACAUCCCGCAUGACAAGAAGAUUCAAACUCUUUGCACGUUUGAAAAGAAGCUUUCUUUACUUCAGUGUAGUGGACAUGUUUAUGGUGUCAACCCUAUUACCACCGCCAAGGUGCCUGUUCUAAAAGUUGUUGACAGUGGAACUGGGAUUGAGUGUGAUAUAUCAGUUGGAAACAUGGAUGGAAUUUUGAAAUCCAAGACUCUCUACUUUAUUUCUCUCAUUGAUGAAAGGUUCCGAAAACUAUGUUUUUUGAUGAAAGCAUGGGCCAAAGCACAAAAUAUUAACAGUGCAAGGGACAGAACCUUGAACUCAUUAAGUAUAAUACUUCUAGUGGCAUUUCACUUGCAGACUCGUAAUCCUCGGAUACUGCCACCUUUUUCUGCCAUAUUAAAAGAUGGCUAUGAUGCCGGAGCUGUGGAAAAAUCUAUAAGUAAGUUUAAAAAUUAUGGACAGAAGAAUACAGAAGGGGUGGCAGAGCUGUUUUUUACGUUGUUACUAAAGUUAUCAUCAGUUAAGAAGCUUUGGUCCCAAGGUCUGUGUGCCAGCACUUAUGAUGGAAAUUGGAUAUUUAAAACAUGGGGUCGUAAAGCUGCCCGCAUUCGUGUUGAGGAUUUCCAUGAUGGAGAUCAAAAUGUUUCAAGGGCUGUAGGAGUGGGAGAAAUGAAAACAAUAUACAAUUGCAUUGACCUAUCAAUUAAUCACAUUUCUGAAUUUUUGGGAGGCCGGAUGGACGGAUAUACGUUACGAGAAUUUUUGUUCGGCAAAGAUGGGGCCAUAUCAGUAUGCAGAGUUCCUAUGAAUUCCAAUGCAGAUGGGCUAAUAACACUUUGGCCACCCCCUAGAAUAGAGGACAAAAAUUCAGAUUUUCAGAAAUCAAUUCAACCAGGUGAGCAUAGGAAUUUGUCAAAACAGCCUUGUUGUAAGAAUUUCAAUGCGGGUGAGGCAAAAACUGAAAUGCCGUUGAACGAAACUAGAAUAGAUGACAAAGAUUCAAGUGGUCAAAAAUUGACUCAACAACCAGGUGAGGGCAGGGAUCAGUCAGCACAGCCUAGUAGUAAGAAUUUCAAUGCGAAUGUGGCAAAAAGUGAGGUGCCAUUGAGUACUACUGGAAUACAAGACAUUGAAGACAAAGAUGCAAGUGGUCUAAAAUCCACUCAACAGGGCGAGGGUUGGGAUCAAUCAGCACAGCCGAGUAGUAAGAAUUUAAAUGCAGAUAUGGUAAAAUCUGAAAUGCCGUUGAAUGAAACUAGAAUAGAUUACAAAGAUUCAAGUGGUCUAAAAUCGACUCAGCGACCAGGUGAGAGCAUGGAUCAGUCAGCACAGCCUAGUAAGAACAAUUGCAAUGCGAAUGUGGCAAAAGAUGAAGUGCCAUUGAGUACUACUAGAAUACAAUACAUUGAAGACAACGAUACAAGUGGUCUAAAAUCAACCCAGCAAGGUGAAGGUCGGGAUCAAUCAACACAGCCUAGUAGUAAGAAUUUCAAUGCAGAUAUGGCAAAAACUGAAAUGCCGUUGAAUGCUACUAAAAUAGAUCGCAAAGAUUCAAGUGGUCGAAAACGGACUAAACAACCAAAUAAGGGUAGGGAUCAAUCAUCACAGCGUAGCCGUAAUCAAACCGCCUUGGGAAAGAGGAAAAGAACUGAUGGGUCAUCUCUUCCCUCUACUCUUUCUGGGAAGCCACUUGGAUACAGUAAGAUGAAAAGGCAAAGUUCUAUGCCGUAUGAUAUGUCAAGGCGGGAACACAUCGAACCCCAAGGAGUCUUAUCUUGGGAUGAUGGACUAGGACGAACUCCGCACGUUUUAAAUAGAGCAGGACACACACUACCUACCCACCCGAACGAGACAAGACAUACAAGUGCUUAUGGGGAACUGUGUUAUCAUGAGACUGGUAGAAUCCCAUAUCUACCUACUCCUGUUGCUCAUCCUAUCUAUGCAUCAUCUGGUACUCGUAACUGGAUAUCUUCUGGCCAUACGAGGGAGGCUGACAUAGCCACAACUUUUGCUACUCAAAUGGUCUACCCUGAUUAUCAUUACAACCCGCUACAUUUUAGAGCUCCACAUUUUGCCACUCCAAGUGUUUAUCCUACUUCUACACCUAUAGUACCCCAGAUGGUUCCAAACCGUGCUCAUGGUACUUAUGAAGCAGGGAAUUUUCCAUCUGCUUCUAUGAUGCCAGGAUGUCCUCCUAAUCUGCUCUAUAGGACCAACUCUUCCCAUCCCCAGGUUAACUCUUCUUCUAAUGAACUUGCUUGGUUUAGACGAGUCCUCUGAAGUAAAAGUUUUCUUUUGAUUUCAUGACAUCGCCUAAUAUUGUAAAUGCCAACAGUCCGACAAACGAGGAAUUAGAUUUUUCUUUAUGGGUCAUUGGCUUUAUGUUCAGCUCUUACCUGGAGUGUUUCUUGCUAGUGUAUUUCCUCUUUUUCGUCUUGGCUUUAAUUCCCGAGCUCUGGUGCGACGCUGCGUUUUUGGGUGAUAAUCCUGAUUUUCCUUCUCUAUUGUUGAUGCCUCUUAUGUAUGUUGUUGUUGGUGGGCUGUGACAUCCUUGUAGACUGAGUUUGGGUGUUUUUACCCUCAAUUUGCAUAAUAAGAGAAGAAGAGGGCGGACUCCCUAUAAGUCCCGUGGUUUUUAUCCUUCACAUCGAAGGGGUUUUCCACGUAUAAAAAUCGUGUGUCGUUUGCAUCUUUAUUCUUCAUAUUUGGUUGUGGUUUAUUUGAUGUGUUGCUGAUUUU